AGCGACGGGCUCUCACCCAACUAGUCUGCGUAGCGUAGGUAAGCGACGGCGACACGCCGUUCUUCCCCUGCCGUUGACCAAAUACAUUUCGUCUUCUAGCACCUUCUCGUUUCUCUCCUCCUCGACCGCCCCCGAGCCAAGCAGCAGCACCCAGCGCCAGCGCAAACGUCAUGUCGCCUCUCCUCUGUCUCUCUCGCAGCUGAAGUAGGCAGAAGCUGCACACAUCUAUAUCCAUUCCUAGCUGCUAGUCGUCGGAUACUUGGAAACCUUGGAUCUCGCGCGCGCACGUAGGGGAGCGCAGCGGAGCAAGAGGAAAGCCAUGGCUACGCCGGCGGCGGUGAUGAAGUUGUACGGGUGGGCUAUCUCGCCGUUCGUGUCGCGGGCUCUGCUGGCCCUGGAGGAGGCCGGCGUCGACUACGAGCUCGUCCCCAUGAGCCCCCAGGCCGGCGACCACCGGCGCCCGGAGCACCUCGCCAGGAACCCUUUCGCCAUGGUGCCGGUGCUCGAGGACGGCGACCUCACGCUCUUUGAAUCCCGGGCGAUCGCGAGGCACGUUCUCCGCAAGCACAGGCCGGAGCUCCUGGGCGCCGGCGCCGGCGGCAGCCUCGAGCGGGCGGCGAUGGUGGACGUGUGGCUCGAGGUGGAGGCGCACCAGCUGAGCCCGCCAGCGGUCGCCAUCGUGGUGGAGUGCUUCGCUGCGCCGCUGCUCGGCCGCGAGCGCGACCAGACGGUCGUCGACGAGAACGUGGAGAAGCUCAGGAAGGUGCUCGAGGUGUACGAGGCGCGGCUUGGCGAGUGCAGUGCAGGUACCUCGCCGGCGACUUCCUCAGCCUCGCCGACCUCAGCCCCUUCACCAUCAUGCACUGCAUCAUGGCCACCGAGUACGCCGCCGCCCUGGUCGAGGCGCUCCCGCGCGUCAGCGCCUGGUGGGAGGGCCUCGCCGCGCGCCCCGCGGCCAAGAAGGUGGCGGAGUUCAUACCGGUCGGCGCGGCCGGACUGCUGGAGCACCCUCCCAAACAACAGGAUUGAUGCAUGAUGAAGCAAGCCUGCCUAAUGUGCCUGUUGCGCUUAAUACUUUCCCACGUGUACUUUCCCACAACGUUGACAGAAGUUAUUCAAUAACUAGUCUCUAUGUAACGUAAUGGUGUGGUGUGCACUUCAAUGAAUACCAUGAGGUGGCUGGUUCAACUCCCUCCUGUCAACGUUGUGGGGCCGUUCCCUUUUGUAAUUCUUUUUUUUCCAAAAAGGGACAUCUUUAGAGCAACUCCAAGAGAAUGUUAAAAAUUUUACUCAAAAAUUGAUUAUUAAGAGCAGGCUAAAAUUUUUUAA